AUGUCGGAGCGGGAUGGAUACGGAGACGGGCUGUGCAGCGAGGGAGCCCCGGAGUUGAUCCCGCCCAGAGUGUCCCGCGGCCGGCGGAGCGGUGUCUCCCUCCCCGGCGGCGGCGGCGGCGGCGGCCAGGACGCCGACACCGCUCCCCUGGAGGCGAUCAAGUCCGCCCCCCGUCGGAGCAGCAUCAUAAAGGAUCCCUCCAUACAGAAGGUGGGUGGAGGCAGGAAGAAGACCGUGUCCUUCAGCAGUAUGCCCUCUGAGAAAAAGGUGAGGAGUGCGGCAGACUGCCUGGCCUUCAUGCAGGGUGGAUGUGAACUGAAAAAGGUUCGUCCCAACUCCAGAGUCUACUGUCGCUUCUACACCCUGGAUCCGGACCUCAGCUGCCUGCGCUGGGAACCGUCCAAGAAAGACGGGGAGCGGGCUCGGCUGGACAUUGCCAGCAUACGGGAAGUCCGCACCGGGAAAAGCACAGAGACCUUCCUCCAUAAUGGACCCUUAUCUGAUCAUCUAGCAGAGGAGGCUGCCUUCUCAAUUAUACAUGGAGAUGAAUACCAGUCUCUGGACCUGGUGGCCCUGUCAGCAGAUGUGGCCAACAUCUGGGUGACGGGCCUACGCUACCUUGUGGCGCACCCCUCGGUCAUCGGAGGAGCGGGUGGAGUGGGAGGGCUGGGCGAGGGCGGCGGCCUCGUGGUGGAGGGCAGCCCUGGGAACAAGAUGAGGAAUGAGUGGCUAGCUGCUGAAUUCGCUCUGGUGGAUGAGGAUGGCUAUGGCAUCGCACCAGAAGAUGUAGCGGUGGCCACCAUCUGUAAACUCUGCCCCGGCAUCAAGGAGGCCAAGGUUCGUCUACGUUUCAAGGAGAUCCAGCGCAGCAAGGAGAAGCUGACCUCCCAUGUAACGCGUGAGGAGUUCCAGGAGGCCUACUGUGAGCUUUGCACUCGACCCGAUGUCUACUUCCUGUUGGUGCAGCUCUCCAAGGACCGUGAGUGCCUGGACCCACAGGACCUGCGUCUCUUCCUGGAAACAGAGCAGGGCCUGUCCCUGGCCACGGCCGAGGGCUGCCUGGAGCUGCUACGGCGCUAUGAACCUUCGGCGCAGGGUAGAGAGAGAGGGCUGCUGGGCCUGGACGGUUUCUCCCGCUAUCUGCAGUCCCCUGAAUGCCAGCUGCUGGACCCUGAGAACCUGGGGGUGUGCCAGGACAUGAACAAGCCCCUGGCACACUAUUAUAUCAGUGCUUCGUAUCGUUCCUAUUUGCUGGAUGAUCAAGUCCAUGGUAGAGCUGACCUAGGAGGGCUGACCAAGGCCUUGCAGGCCGGCUGCCGAUGCCUGGAGUUGGGAGUGACCGAUGGACCAGAGGGGGAGCCUUUACUUGGGGUGGACUAUGGUUCUGAUGUCCCCCGACACCACCAUCACCACCACCACCACCACCACCAUCACCACCAUCACCACAAUGCCCCUGUUACUAUACGCUCUGCUCUGGAGGUGGUCAAUAAAUACGCCUUCUUGACCUCCCAGUACCCGCUGUUAGUUUACCUGUGCCAGCGAUGCUCCCCUGCCCAGCAGCGUGUCCUGGCACAACACCUGAAGAAGGUGUUUGGCUCACGACUUUACACCCCAGAAGCCCUGCCUGUCAGCCUGGGGGGACGGGCUACCACUUUACCCUCCCCUGAGCAGCUGAAGGGGCGCAUCCUACUUGUGGGGAAGAAGCUCCCACCAGAGGAGGAAGGCUCUGAGGGGGAAGUGUCCGAGGAGGACGAGGAAAUAGGAGGGGGAGGGCCUUUGGCAGGAAGGCGAAUGACCAUCCCUGGUGAAGAGGAACUGGGCGUGGUCUUGGUUGUGCCCCCACCCCCUCAACCAAGGAGGCUCCGCCUCCGCAGAGAGCUUUCAGACCUGGUCGGCAUUGCCCGCACCGGCAGCCGCAGCUUCUAUGCACAGAGACCUAAUCAGAAACAAGCACACCAACAGACACCUCCCAGUACUCCUUCCUCUCCCAGCACACCAGUGCCUCCUGAGCCCCCAUACUGGACGCUGUGCUCCCUCGGGGAGGGAGAGGCUGGGCGGCUGACCAGUGAGAGCCCAGAGGAUCUGGUAAUGUUCACCAAACGUACCCUGACCCGGGUCAGACCCAGCUCAGUGCGACUGGACUCCAGCAACCCUAACCCGCAGGGCUACUGGAAGGGAGGAGUCCAGCUUGUGGCGUUGAACCAGCAGACCCCUGGUGCCAUGCUGGAUCUCCACAGAGGACGCUUCACCCAGAACGGAGGCUGUGGUUACGUUCUACGUCCUGCUGUGAUGAGAGAGGAGGUGUCGUAUUUCAGUGCCCACACACAGGGCUGUGUACCAGGUGUACCACCUCAAACCCUACGCAUCAAGGUGAUCAGUGCCCAUAACCUGCCAAAGCCUCAGGGUGCGGGGGCAAAAGGAGAGGUGAUUGACCCGUACGUGGUCCUCGAACUGCACGGCGUACCAGCCGACUGUGCCGAGCAGCGGACACGCACGGCCGCGCAGAACCAGGACGACCCACUGUUUGACGAGACCUUCGAGUUUCAGGUGAACAUGCCAGAGCUGGCCCUUCUACGCUUCGUUGUGUUGGACGACGACUACAUUGGAGACGAUUUCAUCGGCCAGUACAGCGUGGCCUUUGAAUGCCUGCAGCCCGGCUACCGCAAUGUGCCCCUGCUGGGCCUGGCGGGAGACCCCUUACCCCACGCCAGCCUGUUUGUCCACGUAGCGGUCACCAACCGGCGAGGCGGGGGCAAAGCCCACCGCCGUGGGCUGUCGGUCAGGAGGGUGGGGAGGCGGGGGAGGGAGUACGUCACCUUGAGACACACUGGCAUCAAAUUGGUGGAUGAGAUCUUCAAGCCGGCAAGUGCACCGCUCAAAGAGGCCACUGACCUGAGGGAGGACGCCCAGAGCGCCACUGUCAGUUUCAAAGAACAGUGUGGGCUCCCCCCAGUGGCCAAACUCAAGCAGUGCAUCCAGAGCCUCUCGACAAGGCUGCAGAGUCCCGAGGGCACCAUGGGGGCGACCAUGGUGCUGAAAGAGGGCUACCCCUGUCUGGAGCCCUUGGUCAACAUCUCCGAGCCUACACGCAAACUACUCACCGCCUACGACACGAUGAUCACAGCUCAGAAGCAACUGAUAGAAAAUGCAGACGCUGUUCAGGAGAGAAUUGCUCAGGUGCAGAGAGAAGGCAUGGAGUUCCAUGAAGAUCUGUCUCGGCUCGGGGAGAAGGAGGGCCUGAAAGGACGCAAGCAGAACAAAGCGGUGGAGAGCUUCAUUUGGAACAUCACUGUGCUCAAGGGUCAGUGUGAUCUGUUGCGAGGUGCGAAGAUGGAUUCCCUGGAUGCCCUCAGACAGCUGGCUCUGGCCUGUGAGGCCUGUGGCCUCACCUCCUCCUGCACCACCUCUCCGUCCUCCACAGCUGAGCUCCACUACACCUCCCACCAGGUGACUGGCCACAGGGGCAGCUCACACGGCAAUGGACGCAUCUGAUCCCCCCACCAUUCCAAAACUGGGCCCCGGACUCGUCUAGAAAGAAAAAUAUGAAAGGGAAAGAGACGGAGGUAGUUAGAGCUGAGGAUGAGAGGGGAGAGGUGGAGAUAUUUGAGAGAGAGAGAAAUUGAUUGAUUUCAAGCAGACCAGAUUCCUUUAUCCAAUGCAGUGUCUAGACAUGCCCAGACCAGACCAGUUUACCUUAUACAGCCUUACUGUGAGUCCAUCAGUGAAAGUACAGCCUGCCAAGAGGCUUUCCAUGAAUGUUCUUACCCUGUGAUGGAAAACAAACCAACAGCACAACGCAGGCACUUGGACUUCAGUGUCUUCUCAUCAUCUUUCCAGACAGCAAGAUACAGACUUGAAGUUUUAACGCAGGUGGUUUUCCUAAGAAG